ACCUUCAGUUUCAAGUCUCUCAAACAGAUUCAACAGCAAUGGCGAUGGCUUUCAAGAUGGCAACAACUGGGAUGUGGGUCACUGAUGAGUGCAAAAACUCAUUCAUGGAGAUGAAAUGGAAGAAAGUCCAUAGAUACAUAGUGUUCAAGAUCGAUGAGAAAUCAAGGCUGGUGACCGUCGAUAAGGUCGGCGGUCCUGGCGAAAGCUACGAUGAUCUCGCUGCUUCUUUGCCUACCGAUGACUGCCGUUACGCUGUCUUUGAUUUCGAUUUUGUCACCGUUGAUAACUGUCGGAAAAGCAAGAUCUUCUUCAUUGCAUGGUCCCCAACGGCAUCAAGAAUUAGAGCAAAAAUGCUGUAUGCUACAUCCAAAGAUGGGCUGAGGAGAGUGCUAGAUGGCAUCAGUUACGAAGUUCAAGCAACUGAUCCAACUGAGAUGGGGAUUGAUGUGAUUAAAGACAAAGCUAAUUAGGAUUUUAAUUUGAAACAUAAAUCAUGUUUAUUACCAUCUUAAUAACUACAACAACAUAUGCCCCUUCUCUUGUUGUUACUAAUUAUGCUUUUUGGGGGGCUAGAGUUUUAGCAUUAAUCUUCUAAUUUAUAAAAAUAUUUAUGAUGUUCCAUGUUUGGUUA